AAGACGGAUGUUUGCUACAGUAAAGCGUUAGUCGAACGUUUCUAUUGUGUAUUCGUUAAGUGUUAUAUGUGGGAAUUAUUCUAGCACUACAAAUUGAACCGAUCUAGCCGGUUCCGGACGGAGUAAUGGUGUUUUUAGGCAAUGAUCACGCAUUGAUCGUGUUCGUUCGCUGGUGGACUAUAAAGAGAUAGGUGGCGGGUCAACGAAAAAACAAAAAAUAAAAGACAUUGCAAACGAACGGCAGUGCCAGUGCGUGGUAUUGUGCAACCGAGCAAUAGCCAAGUGUCGUUGUUCAACGUGGGAAAGACUUACCUUGGCGUGUCUGACGACGGACGACAUCGUACGGAAUAUCUCCGGUCUCUGAUUGUGGGGCUGCGCUCGGAGAAUGGAAGAAAAGAAAGUGUGUGUAUACAAGUUAAACGGAAAGUUGAAUAAAACCAAACAGUGAUAACAAGUGAUUGUUUUGUGCAACGUCGAUCCCGGUGGUAACGGAAGAGUGCAUAAUACUUGUUGUGUGUAUGUCUCUGAUAGCGUCACAAUCACUGCAAUUGGAUGUGAUUUCUUUCUGGCCUCUCGGUGGUGAGUUGAAUGAAUUCCUUCAGCGCAGUUUGAACAGCACUAAAUAAAGAAAUACAAAAUACAAUUCGCCUUCAGAGCAUCGUUCGUGCAAAACGUGCCGAGUGUGGAUAACAAAGCUUUUUUUUGCUCAUCAGACGUGCUAAUUGUACGAGCUUAGCUAUUGUUUUAUGAGUACACAUAAAAAUUUAUUGGAAAAAUAAAUCAAACUCACGACUCGCUUUCGGUGUGAAUGUUUGUUGAGAAGAGGAAUCGAAGAAAAUCGCCUUAGGCGGGGUUCCAAAAGUGUAUUUCGAAAUUGGAUUGAAAUCGGUGUGCGGUUUUGUGACCUAUAUUGUGUGACGCGAGAAGAAACAGUCGUCGCCGCAUCGCCGUUGGAAGAGAAGUGACCACACACGUACCCACCUGCCGAAGGAAAGAAAACCGAAGCCAGGAAGAGGAGGGUGGAAAGUGUACCCGUUCCCGGGGACGAGACGAAAACCAAAAUAAAUUUAAAAAUUCAAAAAAGUGGUCAUUUGUGCCGGAGGAAUAAUAAUAAUCGACAGCGGCCGCAACAAUGCGCGGCUUCAGAUAAAAGGCGCGCGGUGAAAAGUGUAGGAUCUUUGAGCCGGUCUCUCGGCGAGCAGCUCGGAAAAAAGGCGGCCGGUCUUAUUUCCAGGAAGUGCGCCGUACGCGUACCUUCUACGGCAGAAGGAGCAGUCACAAGCACGAGAACUGCCGCAACACCCUUAAGUUAUCUUCCUGAGACCAUCUUCGGUGCAGUAGUUCGACGGCGGUUCUAAGGAUCGGAUCGGAUCGAAGUUGCUCGAGGCUCGCGUGAUCAACGGAGGCGCGCCCUACGCAAGUCGUCCCUAGCCAGAGCCGACACAGAGCCCGUGAGAGUUUGCCCGUGGACGAGUUUGGUAAAAGUCUUGUCCGAUUCGAUUAAAAGUAAAGGUUGAUUGGCGGACAGCAGAAAGGAGGCUCCGGUCGAGCUUUAUUGUGCCGCGGUCACUUUCGAUUUCGCCCCAAUGCCCAAUGACGACAGAAGGGUAGGUACCCUCCCCGAUCGUGACAGUGAAAGAGAAAGAAAUUGAUCGUGGGACUUGACGCGCGGUGUAUUUUGAUCGAAACGAAAUAGAGAGUGAAACGCUUUGAACCGGGCCCAGGUAGCGGUGAAAGAAAGGAAAAGUGUUUUGCCUAACCUUGAAAAACGAUAUCUGCUGACCCGAGACAGCGAGCUUGUGAAAUAGGAUGCAACAUUGCUGAAGGAAAGAGCACGAGUCUUCUUCCCAAAACGGUAAUCGAAAGUGCAAAAGUGACAAGAUCAUUAAUCCGUAAGCAAUCCAUUUUAAGCCAAUCAGUUAUUGUAACUAAGGUAAAGCCCACGAGGUUGUGCACAGUUUCGUUGUCUCAUUAAUCGGCUCUGCCCAAACCAAGUUGACGUGAUUCAAUUGAUCGAUAAAUGCGUGUGAUUAGUGUGCAUUCGUAAGUGUGAAGUGUUGUUGAAUAAAGUGGAAGAUUUACAUUCAAUUUUUAAGCAGUCAGGAAACGAAUCAGCCGGUGCUGUCGAGAACCGUACGAGGGCCAUCCGGCUCCGAUUCCCGAGCCACCAGCAGAGCUUCCGACUCGACUGAACAACCGGAACAAAUAAAGUGAUUUUAAAACUCCCGCGAUAACAGUGAUUUAUGGUAAUGUGAAAACGUUACGACGCAAUGCUCUGAACAAAAAAUCCUCAGGUUUACUCCUGGCAGUAAACAAAUAGAUUGCCCAAUGAAAACAGAGUGAGUCGUCAACGACACGUGGAAACAAUGAAAAAGAGAGCUAAACUUACAAUGUCCUCGCUGGCGCUGGCCGUGCUGUGCUGCUACUCGUGCUUGCUGGCACUGGCGAGCGGUUUGCCGAUUACGUCAAAACCACUGGACAAUAGUCCAGAUCAUUUAACCUGGCAGGCGGCUUGGCUAUCCGGAGAUUCGACCGCCACAGGAAUGCGAGGUAAAGCGAAAAAAAUCACCAAAUCGAUCUUCAUCGCGCCGGAACUGAACGGCUUCAAUGGGUCGCUCUGCCCGCCGGAUACCAAGGUGGACUUCAACGGAAAAUGCAUCAACGCAGUCAACAUCAAUACUGCCGAUAUUCUCGUCACUAAGUUGAAGGGCAUUCUCAAUGAAGGGGGAGGUGUACCGAAUAACGAAGGUGACAUGGAUUACACGUACGAUGAUGAUACUUCCGGCCCGUUCCAAGUUAAUCUACCACUGGAUAUCGACUUACCUUUUGAGUCAUCGCCUCUACAGUCCAGACCGAUAGAUAAUUUUUACGAUUCAACUGCGAUAGAUCCUGCGACAGAUGUGAACAAAAACAAUGUGAAACAAACUACUUCUGUUGUUAAUGAACAAAAGACGACAUUUCUUGACGAGCCAAGUCGUCAAACAGUCGAUCAAUCAGCUGCCGAAACUCAUACCGAUAUAUCGUUUCUUUCCUUUGAAAGUUUACCCAAUGGAACACUAUCAACGCACCUCGAAAUGGACGGGAAUAAUGGCACCGUUAUUCAGCAAAUUGUUCUCACUUCCACAUCUGCUACUCCGACUACCACUAAUAUGGAUACGUUUAACGCAGAAUUUCCUAUCGCUGCUAGCACAAGUACUAUGGCAAGUUUUGAUGUUACCUCCACUGUUAUGAGCACCACUAAUGAAGAAUUUGGUACAUCUACUACUGAGUUGGCAUCAACUACUGAAAAUGCGAUUUCGAUGACUACCAUCAUUAGUACCACAACUGACAGGCAAUUGAACGAUGGAUCACACAGUACCACUACCGAAUCAAUCAUCAAAGCCACAUUAGAUGACGAUUUUGACGGUUUGAAAUCGGAGCUUGCUGAAGAAUCUUUAAUCUUGGAAUCUAACGGCUUCAUCACUACCGAUCAGCCCUCCACAAUGUCUACAGACAUAGAUAUAGAAAGUGAAUCCACUAGCACUGUUUCGUUUGGCAAGAAAGGAUGGUCGAUGACUACAACUAGGCCUACUGAAGGUACAUCAGCUUCAACGAAAGUGUUGGUUAAUACGAUUCCACCGACAACUGCAAAAGCUCCUUUCUCUCCUAGGCCGGUCCAAGUGGUCACCCCCAUUCGAAACAAGUGGCACAGUGCGCCAGGAGCCACACCACUCCCGUUCAUAGUUGCUGGUUACACCCAGCAGGAGCGUACGACGCGAGCUACACCGGAAACUACCACUCCCAUGCACGAUCGCGGUACCGAAUCCCCGCUGUUGGUGAUAGUAAACGAUACCGAAGCAGAUAAGAAAAAUCGUGAUAGCAUUCACCGUCAAGAGUUAAAGGAAAAUAUUCGUGAAAAUAUGGACAGCAACAAUCGGUUCGUUUACCAUCAUCUCUCAGCGCCAUCUCCACUCACGACCGAAUCUUCUACGACUCUUGAUCGAAGCUACAGUGAUCAGCUGCGAAAGAUCAACGAAAUUGUCGCGGAGAACAGACAGCGUCAUCAGCAAAAUUCUCGAAUUCGUUUUCCCAGUAAUCGCGACGAAGAUCAGCAUCCUGCCGCAAGCAACAACCAGAUGAUACGAUUCCCAGGUUCGGUUGCCAACCGUGUCACGCCACACAGCAACCGAUUACCGGACAUCUUUCCGAAGAAAUCACCCGAUAGCACAACGCAACGACCACCAUUCUGGUGGCUACCCUCCGGCUGGGAAGUGGAUCAAACGGGACAGAAGCCGAUGUUACUCCGGUUCUGGUCACGCAUGCCGCUGGUACGCGAUCAGUCCAUAACCACCAGCAGCAGCGGUCGGAGCUCGAGCAAUCGCUGGAGACCAUCAACCACUGACAACGCUUCUACAUCGCCGGUGGCCCCCAGAGGUAACUCCAGAAGUCCCAGCGAAAACUUCUACAAAGAGGUAUCCUCCCAGGACAUGUAUAAGGUGCUGAACAUGCGUCAGCUGAAGCACAAGAGAUAAAGCCAUUAAUCUCUUCUUCUUCUUCUGUGGUAGUUUCCCGUCAGCUUUAAGUAUUAUUUAAUUGGAGCACAAUUGUGUAUAGACAAAACGUAGUGGUACAACGAUUACUCAUUUAAGAAUCCACACCAAUCUUCGAGCAAAAUCACACGCACAGGGCGAAAUGUGAGAAACACUAACCAUAGCAGCACUCCUGUCAAGUAAUUUUCGUUUAUGUCAUAACAAUUUGCGUAGUAACUGUGAUAUUUUACCACUCUUUGCAAGCCUCUUACAAAGAAGUAUUUUUAGCUCUUGAAAAUACCUGCUUUUACCGAAGAGACCCACGCUGCUUUCGAUUUAACCUACGAAAGAGAUCUUAUUUUAUCACUCGACUGAUAAAAUGUGCAAAUCACCCUUUAUUGUUUAUCUAACUUUCUCACAUUUUCGCGCACAACAAAAUUUUAACAUUCAUGUUGAGACUUGUAUGUCUUCUACUGCUUAAACUUUUAUUUUAUGUAAUUAUUACUAUUUUGUUCUACUGUAUAUAUCUAAGGUCUGUUUACUGCAGUUGAAUUGUGUUGUAAAGUCUUGCUAAAUAAAAAGUUUUAUCUUCCAAUUGUUACGGUAGAUUUUACCGCAGAAUGUCAAACUCACGAUAGAGCCAACAUCCUAUCCUGUUUGGAAUCUAUUUUACUCUGUAAGGAAAACAAAUCAAAAUUUGUGUGAAAAAAAUACUUACAUAUAUGUAUGUGCCAAAAUAUUAAAUUUGUAUUUUUGUACUGGCGAAGGGCAAGUAGAAAAAAACAUCACCAUAGUUUACUAAUUUGAGUGUAUUGCAUGUUUUUAUCAUAUAAAAAUAGUGCAAAAACUAUUGAAACUCUCUAAUAGAACUACUUGACAACCGAAAGGCUACAUAAAAUUUCUGUAAAUAUACUGAAACAUUAAUAAAUCUUUUGUAGCAGCGUUUAUUGAUCAUUAUUGAUAUUCGUCAGAAAAAAAUAUAAAUGUUUAGUGUGUACAUUGUGAAUCAAAACAAAACUAAUAUUUAAUUUAAACCUUAACUGCUAGCGAGAUAAUCCGAUGUCUAUUGCACAAAUGUAUGUAGGCUGCAAUCAGCUAUAUAACAAAACAGUAAGAAGAAGAUACGUGGCUGCAAAAGAAAAUAAUGCCGAAAAAUGUUUGAAAACAAAUUAUUGCCAAAAGUUUUACCCUGUAUUAUAAUUAACUUUUAGUGAAUACACACAUGUGAGCAGUAGUAGUAGUACAUAGAAGAAAACCCCCGCAAAAUAUGAUACAAAUCAAAACCGUGGAAAUUUUGUCGCAAAAAGGAGAAAG